AUGGCUGGCUCGUUUAACGGUCAUUGUCUAAUCAAGAACGUGGUCAUGUCCAAAGAAAUGGAGCGGUUCGCGCUGGAUACGUUCCGAACGGCCACUUCACAGUUUAGCAUGUCUAAAGAGAUGGCCACAGCGAUGAAACGAGCGUUUGACAGAAAAUACGGUCGAAAUUGGCAUUGUAUUGUUGGACGAGAUUAUGGCAGGUGA